AUGAAGGCUGGUGUGGUGGUACAUGCCUCUGAGCUCAGCGUGGAGGAGGUGCAGAGGCAAACCCAUCUCUCUCUCAUCAUGGCGGCAGCGGCGGCGGCCGUCGGGGGCCCGCAGCCGCCCCAGGCCGAGGUACCGGCGCAGGGGCCGGCCCUAGACAAGGCGGCCACCGCCGCGCAUCUGAAGGCCGCUCUCAGCCGGCCGGACAACCGUGCGGGCGCCGAGGAGCUGCAGGCGCUGCUGGAGCGGGUGCUGAACGCAGAGCGGCCGCUGGCCGGGGCUGCGGGCGGCGAGGAGGCGGCGGCGGGCGGCGGCGGCCCAGGCUCGGCGGACGAGGAUGCCCUGGAGUGGUGUAAGUGCCUUCUGGCCGGCGGCGGCGGCUACGAUGAGUUCUGCGCGGCCGUGCGGGCCUACGACCCCGCGGCGCUCUGCGGCCUGGUCUGGACGGCCAACUUCGUGGCCUACCGCUGCCGGACGUGCGGCAUCUCUCCCUGCAUGUCGCUGUGCGCGGAGUGCUUCCACCAGGGCGACCACACUGGACACGACUUCAACAUGUUCCGCAGCCAGGCCGGGGGCGCCUGCGACUGCGGGGACAGCAACGUAAUGCGGGAGAGUGGGUUUUGCAGAAGACAUCAGAUUAAAUCAAGUUCGAAUAUUCCCUGUGUUCCCAAAGACUUACUGAUGAUGUCUGAAUUUGUUCUUCCAAGAUUUAUUUUUUGUCUUAUUCAGUACUUAAGAGAAGGCUAUAAUGAACCAGCAGCUGAUGUACCAUCAGAAAAAGAUCUUAACAAAGUUCUUCAGCUUUUGGAGCCUCAAAUUUCAUUUUUAGAAGAUCUGACUAAAAUGGGUGGAGCAAUGAGGUCUGUUCUAACUCAGGUGUUAACAAAUCAACAAAACUACAAAGAUCUGACUUCUGGUCUUGGAGAAAAUGCUUGUGCAAAGAAAAGCCAUGAGAAGUACCUUGUAGCUUUGAAGAGCUCUGGACUCACAUACCCUGAGGAUAAGCUUGUGUGUGGGAUGCAGGAGCCGUCUGCUGGCACUCGCCCUCUGCCGGUUCAAGGUUUGGCAGGUGCUACUGGAACACUGGGACAAGUAGAUUCUUCAGAUGAGGAGGACCAGGAUGGGGGUCAAGGCUUGGGAAAGAGAAAGAGGGUAAAGCUAAGCAGUGGCACCAAAGAUCAAUCCAUAAUGGAUGUUUUGAAGCAUAAAAGUUUUUUAGAGGAACUAUUGUUUUGGACAAUAAAGUAUGAAUUUCCCCAGAAGAUGGUGACUUUCUUACUCAAUAUGCUUCCCGAUCAAGAAUAUAAGGUUGCUUUUACAAAAACUUUUGUUCAGCAUUAUGCUUUUAUUAUGAAAACACUGAAGAAAAGUCAUGAAUCAGACACAAUGUCUAACAGAAUUGUGCAUAUUAGUGUUCAGUUGUUCAGCAACGAGGAACUAGCCAGACAGGUGACAGAAGAAUGUCAGCUUCUGGAUAUUAUGGUCACUGUGCUGCUAUACAUGAUGGAAAGUUGCCUUAUUAAAAGUGAACUGCAAGAUGAAGAAAAUAGUUUACAUGUGGUGGUGAACUGUGGAGAAGCCUUACUGAAGAAUAACACUUACUGGCCUCUUGUUAGUGAUUUUAUUAAUAUUCUUUCUCAUCAAAGUGUGGCUAAGAGGUUUUUAGAAGAUCAUGGCUUGUUAGUUACAUGGAUGAACUUUGUUUCUUUCUUUCAAGGUAUGAAUUUGAACAAGCGAGAACUCAAUGAGCAUGUGGAAUUUGAAUCUCAGACGUACUAUGCUGCCUUUGCUGCUGAGCUUGAAGCCUGUGCACAGCCGAUGUGGGGGCUCUUAUCACACUGUAAAGUUAGGGAAACUCAAGAGUAUACCCGAAAUGUUGUAAGGUACUGCCUUGAAGCUCUUCAAGAUUGGUUUGAUGCUAUUAACUUUGUAGAUGAGCCAGCUCCUAACCAAGUCACCUUUCACCUGCCACUACAUCGCUAUUAUGCAAUGUUUUUGAGUAAGGCUGUGAAAUGUCAAGAACUAGAUUUGGAUUCACUUUUACCAGAUCAGGAAAUGUUAAUGAAACUAAUGAUUCACCCACUCCAAAUUCAAGCUAGUCUUGCUGAAAUUCACAGCAACAUGUGGGUGAGAAAUGGUCUGCAAAUCAAAGGACAAGCCAUGACCUAUGUCCAGUCUCAUUUCUGUAAUUCCAUGAUUGAUCCAGACAUGUACUUAUUACAGGUCUGUGCUUCUAGACUUGACCCAGAUUACUUUAUAUCGUCUGUCUUUGAAAGAUUUAAGGUGGUGGACUUGCUGACCAUGGCUUCACAGCACCACAACACAGUACUGGACGCGGAGCAUGAGCGGUCCAUGCUGGAGGGCGCGCUCACGUUCCUUGUGAUUCUUUUGAGUCUUCGUUUACACUUAGGGAUGUCUGAUGAUGAGAUUCUCAGGGCAGAGAUGGUCGCCCAGCUGUGUAUGAAUGACAGAACGCAUAGCUCUUUGCUUGACCUUAUCCCAGAAAAUCCCAACCCCAAAAGUGGCAUUAUUCCUGGAAGUUAUAGCUUUGAGUCAGUUUUAUCUGCUGUAGCUGACUUUAAGGCUCCUGUUUUUGAACCUGGAGGCUCUAUGCAACAAGGCAUGUAUACUCCCAAAGCUGAAGUCUGGGAUCAGGAAUUUGACCCCGUCAUGGUCAUUCUUCGAACAGUUUACCGCCGCGAUGUGCAGUCUGCAAUGGACAGAUAUACAGCAUUUUUAAAACAGAGUGGAAAGUUCCUUGGCAACCCGUGGCCUCCUUAUAGGAAAAGAACAUCACUCCACCCCAGCUACAAAGGCCUCAUGAGACUUCUGCACUGCAAGACCUUGCACAUUGUGCUGUUCACGCUGCUCUACAAGAUUCUAAUGGAUCAUCAGAAUCUGUCUGAACAUGUGCUCUGUAUGGUGUUGUAUUUAAUUGAGUUAGGCCUUGAAAACUCUGCUGAGGAUGACUCUGAGGAAGAGGUAUCAAUGGUUGGACCAGAACGUUGUCAUGACAGUUGGUUUCCUGGCAGUAACUUGGUAUCAAACAUGCGACACUUUAUAAAUUAUGUUAGAGUGCGAGUCCCGGAGACUGCUCCUGAGUUGAAAAGGGAUUCAUUUGCCAGCACAAGCUCUGAUGGUUUGGGCUCUUUACAAAAUUCUGGCACAGCUCAAGUUUUCAGCUUAGUAGCAGAGCGUAGAAAGAAGUUUCAGGAGAUCAUCAAUCGAAGCAACAGUGAAGCAAAUCAGGUGGUUCGGCCCAAAACUCCAAGUAAAUGGUCAGCUCCUGGCUCAGCUCCCCAGUUAACCACAGCCAUUUUGGAAAUUAAGGAAAGCAUAUUGUCUUUGUUAAUAAAACUUCACCACAAACUCUCAGGAAAACAAAACUCUUACUAUCCUCCAUGGCUCGAUGACAUAGAAGUUUUACUACAACCAGAAAUCCCUAAAUACAGUCACGGGGAUGGCAUAACUGCUGUAGAAAGAAUAUUGCUGAAAGCCGCAGUGCAAAGCAGAAUGAACAAGCGCAUCAUUGAAGAGAUAUGCAGAAAAGUGACUCCUCCCUUGCCACCCAAAAAAAUCACUGCAGCAGAGAAGAAAACCCUGGAUAAAGAGGAGAGGAGACAAAAGGCUAGAGAAAGGCAGCAGAAAUUGCUUGCGGAGUUUGCCUCACGACAGAAAAGCUUUAUGGAAACUGCAAUGGAUGUUGAUUCUCCUGAGAACGAUAUUCCUAUGGAAAUUACCACAGCAGAGCCACAAGUUUCUGAGGCUGUGUAUGACUGUGUCAUUUGUGGACAGAGUGGUCCUUCUUCUGAAGACAGACCUACAGGACUGGUUGUGCUGCUACAGGCAUCAUCAGUGUUAGGUCAGUGCCGGGACAAUGUUGAGCCAAAAAAGUUGCCGAUCACUGAAGAGGAACAGAUAUACCCUUGGGACACAUGCGCAGCAGUUCAUGAUGUGAGGCUUUCAUUACUGCAACGUUAUUUUAAAGAUAGUUCUUGCCUUUUAGCGGUAUCAAUUGGCUGGGAAGGAGGUGUUUAUGUACAAACUUGUGGCCACACAUUGCACAUAGAUUGUCAUAAAUCCUAUAUGGAUUCAUUACGGAAUGACCAGGUUCUUCAGGGCUUCUCAGUGGACAAAGGAGAAUUCACAUGUCCUCUCUGUAGACAGUUUGCUAACAGUGUUCUUCCAUGUUAUCCUGGAAGCAAUGUGGAAAAUAACCUUUGGCAGCGUCCUUGUAAAAAAAGCACACAAGAUCUCAUAAAGGAAGUGGAGGACCUGCAGGGACGGCCGGGAGCUUUCCCAUCAGAAACCAACUUAAGUAAAGAAAUGGAAUCUGUAAUGAAAGACAUAAAAAAUACCACUCAGAAGAAAUACAGAGACUAUAGCAAGACCCCAGGCUCACCAGACAAUGAUUUUCUCUUUAUGUACUCUGUUGCUAGAACCAAUUUGGAGCUGGAAUUGAUUCAUAGAGGAGGCAGCCUAUGCUCAGGCGGUGCAAGCACAGCUGGUAAAAGGUCUUGUUUGAAUCAGCUGUUCCAUGUAUUAGCCUUGCACAUGCGGCUUUAUACCAUUGAUUCUGAGUAUAAUCCAUGGAAAAAACUCACCCAGUUAGUGGAAGAUAUGAAUUCACAGCUGGGGAAUGAAGACCAGCAACCUGAAGUUCCAAUCCUUUAUCAUGAUGUGACGUCCCUUCUGCUCAUCCAGAUCUUAAUGAUGCCACAGCCCUUACGCAAAGAGCACUUCACCUGCAUCGUCAAAGUCCUCUUCACCCUGCUGUACACGCAGGCCCUGGCAGCACUCUCAGUUAAGGGCAGUGAAGAGGACCGGUCGUCAUGGACACGCACGGCAGCUCUCAAGAAGAAUACGUGUGAUGCAGAAAAGUCUCAUGAAGUGCUGCUGAGCUUUGUUAUAAGUGAGCUGUCUAAAGGGAAGUUAUACUGUGAAGAAGGAGCUCAGGAGUGUGCAAUGGUUAGUCCUAUUGCUUGGUCUCCUGAAUCCAUGGAAAAAUACAUACAGGACUUCUGCUUGCCUUUCCUCAGGAUCAGCAGCCUUCUUCAACACCACCUCUUUGGGGAAGAUUUACCAAGUUGCCAGGAAGAAGAAGAAUUUUCAGUUCUUGCCAGCUGCCUGGGACUUCUGCCAACUUUUUACCAGACAGAUCACCCGUUCCUCAGUGCCUCUUGUCUGCACUGGCCAGUUGCCGCACUUGACAUUAUAACACAGUGGUGUCUUGAGAUAAAAUCAUUUACGGAGAGGCAUGCAGAACAAGGAAAGGCCUUGCUUAUCCAAGAGUCAAGAUGGAAAUUACCACACCUGUUACAGUUGCCUGAGAAUUACAACACCAUUUUUCAGUACUACCACAGAAAAACCUGCAGUGUCUGCACCAAGGUUCCUAAAGACCCGGCUGUUUGCCUCGUUUGUGGCACUUUUGUGUGCCUGAAAGGACUGUGCUGCAAGCAGCAAAGUUACUGUGAAUGUGUGCUGCAUUCUCAGAAUUGUGGUGCCGGAACAGGAAUUUUCCUUUUAAUCAAUGCGUCAGUGAUUAUCAUCAUCCGAGGCCACCGCUUCUGCCUCUGGGGUUCUGUCUAUUUGGAUGCUCAUGGAGAAGAAGACCGAGACCUCAGGCGAGGCAAACCUCUCUACAUCUGUGAGGAGCGAUACAGAGUUCUUGAGCAGCAGUGGGUGUCUCACACUUUUGACCACAUCAAUAAAAGAUGGGGUCCACAUUACAAUGGGCUGUGACGCACACCUCAGCACUGCAUAUACUAUCAUUUUCACUGACAUUGGUUUUAUCAACAAUAAGCUUUAAUUUAAUUUGGGGGGAUUGAUGUCUUUGCUGAAGGAUAAAGAGAAAACAUACAUUAUGAAGCCUUCCCAAAAUUAGGUGCUUGAUAACCAUAUUAAUGGUAUAAUAUUUUUUCUCAAGUAUCUGGACAACAAAUAAGAUAAAUCAUCCAUUAAUGGUCAUUUUUUUUGAGUGCACAAUUAAUAAAAAGCACAACUUGUCCACAAAAAUCAUUCAGAAACGAUUUUCCCUACAGUCCCCUUACUGGCUGUUCACUGAGAGAAAGGAUGUGAUUUAUUUGAAGUUUUACUGCUCUUUUUGUGUUUUAAUUUGCAUCUGCUAAACAUAAUGCAUCUUUUCCUUUGUCAUCCUUGUGUUGAUUUGAGAUUUUUGCUGUAUGUAAUUAGAAAAAUGUAAAACAUGAUUUAUGUGAAAUAUUGUAUAGUAAAAAUUGGUCUAAUUAGUAGAACUUUAAAUUUUUUCUUAUUGUGAGGAAUCUGUUAAAAGUUUAAGGCUUUGCUGAAAACUUAAUUCAUUCUCAGGAAUUUCAUAAAUGCUUUCCCUGGGUAAAUAACUGACCUAGCUGUAAAAUAGAUAGCUGCUAUCCGUAUAGUGGAGUGCACUGGGGGAGGGGCAAAGCAUAUGUGUGGUUGGGGAGGUCCUUAAAAAUAAAAACCUGUGGGCUGAGGGUAUAGCUUAGUGGUAAAAUGCUUAGCUAAUAUUCACAAAACCCAAGUUCAUCUUAAGCACCACACCACCACCAACAACAAAAAAAAUCAAUUUGCCAUUUCAGUGGAAUGAAUUAUUAAGAGUUGUUAGUGCCUACUAGAUGUUACAAUAAAAUCAAAAGGGUUAAGAACACAUGAUGGCAGAGUUUUGAUUCUGUGCAUGCCCACCUUUUAUUACCAACCAAGCUUUUAUUUAUAUGCUCAGUUUGAAAAUGCUCAUUUGUCCCAACAGAUGGACUUUUAAAGUUCUGGAUUUCCAACUCUCCUGACUGACGGAAGAAGCUGUCUGUGUUAGGUUUUUGCAGUAUAAUCACUGCGGCUUUCUUGUGGGCUCCUAAAGCAGGCAAGGCUCAGAGGCGCUGGCCUUGGGAGUGAGCCAUGCUGCUGCUUUGAGACACUGCUGUGAAGUCAGCUUGUGUGCGCAGGGGUUUAAUUGAGAAUGGGAAUGAAUGAGCUAAAAUUCACACAGUAAGGGGGAAGGAAGAUGACAGAAAAGCAUGUUUUAUUGAUACCAAGAUUUUUUUUCUAGGUGAUUCAGUAAUGUGAUGAUUAUUUUAUACAUAGUGCUAUCAAGCAAUUCCUGGUACUUUGGAUUUCCAUGGCUUGUUACAUAAAAUUACAUUUUUACUUGUAAAGGUAAACUUUGAAACAUUGAAUGAGACAAUAUUAAAGUAACAUCAGACCCAUGUUCCAAAAUGUUCUGAAUGGCAUGGCAUUACAGAAUAUGAAAAUUAACAGAAAAUGAUGCUUUGCAUUCAAAUAAGGGAAACAGUAGGGCACGUUCAGAUGUGCUCAAAAUCUGUCAGAUGAUUGCCUGGAGCGCUUGAAGAAAAUAUGCGGGAAUAGCUUGCUGUUUUCAUAUACAUUAUCAAAAUCGUGAGAUAGCUUUCUGUAAGACUAGAAUGGUUUGCUGAGGUAAAAUCACUGUCCUUCCAGCACCUGCUUUUUAAAGGACUGUGCUGUAAGUUUACCCUGUUACCUUGUUUGCA